AAUUAGUGCGAAAUUCCUCCCACAUACAACUAAAUAGCCAGUUUGGCCGAGUGGUUUAAGGCGGUGGUUUUAAGUCUUCAUAAGAUCUUGUACACCAUUAUCGAGAGAUGCGCAGGUUCGAACCCUGCAGCUGGCAACAUUACUUUUUGUGUUUUUCUAAAGUUUUCUUUUUCUUUUUUGCUUUUCUAUUUUUUUUUUUUUUUUUUUACCAAGUUGCGCCGUCGAUAUUUCUUCAUCAGUUUCUCUGUACUUUACCCGUAUACAGACAUACACUCUUCAGUUCCGAACUCGAUUCUCUACUUAAAUUUACUCACCGCCGAUUGGUAACCACACUGUAUGCUCUGUUUACCACGUUGAAGGCAUUGAUUGGCAUCGAUCUUAACGAUGUAGACCACCAAAAAAAGUGACGAUCCAACCCCGCGAUCUUCAUUCAGCCAACAAAUUCAGGACUGCCCGUAAAUCAAGGAAAAUUCAACCUUCUCUGCUGCCAAGAGGAUAGUCUAGGAAGAUGACUUGCAGUAGGUCACUG